CUCCACUUAAAUGAUUCAUCAUCUCAUACAUAACUUUUAGUGAUAGGAAAUCUUCGUUUUUUAUUUCGUGGCACUAAACACGCUUCAUAAUCUUAGAUAUUAAUUUACGAUUAACUUCUAGAUUAUUUUGUUUACAAAUAUUUUAUCUUAAUACUAAAAUACAUUUUUGAUUAUCUUUGAAAUAUUUUAACGUGACAUUAACAUGGACGCUGUGAACAAACUUAAGACCGUCAAAACUAUCCAUGCACGUUUAAUUGAAACGGAAAACUACUAUCAACAAUUCUAAAACUAUAUCAUUUCAUCAUAGAAUUAAGAAAACAGUGCUGCUUAUUGCUCAUUACAAUACUUAAUUUGAUUUGUUCAUAAUGGCGAAGACCUAUGAUUAUCUUUUCAAGCUGUUGCUCAUUGGUGAUUCCGGAGUAGGCAAGACUUGUGUUCUUUUUCGAUAUGCAGAAGAUGCAUAUAAUGCUACAACCUUUAUAUCUACCAUUGGAAUUGAUUUCAAAAUACGUACUGUAGAAUUAGAUGGGCGACGUAUCAAAUUGCAAAUUUGGGAUACUGCUGGUCAAGAACGGUUUCGCACAAUAACUACAGCUUAUUAUAGAGGAGCAAUGGGUAUUAUGCUUGUUUAUGACGUUACUAGUGAACGUAGUUUUAAUAAUGUACGUACAUGGAUGCGCAAUAUUGAAGAAAAUGCUUCAGCAGACGUAGAAAAAAUGUUAUUAGGUAAUAAAUGUGAAAUGGAUAGUAGUAGACAGGUUAGUAAGGAACGUGGUGAACAGCUAGCUUGUGAAUAUGGUGUUAGAUUUUUAGAAGUUAGUGCAAGAACUGGCCAAGGUGUAGAAGAAGCGUUUACUACUUUAGCAAGAGAUAUCAAAGGAAAAACAGAACGAAAACUUGAAGCAUCUAAUGCAGGAAAAACACCAGCUCAACAAGGUAGUAGAAACGAUACAAGAAAAUUAACUGGGACGUCAUCCAGUUCUAACAACAUUAGCACAUGGUUACAACAGCGCUGUAAUUUACUUUGACACUAUAUAAUAAGAAUCUCAUUAAUGUAAAAAAAAAUUAUAUACUUAUAAAUAUAUGUAUACAUCUAAUCGUAUAAAUUUUUUAUUAAUAAAAUAGAUAAAACUUAUUAUAAAUAUUACACUAUACAUUUAAAUGCUAGCUGAUUUAAUGGUAUAUAAUCAUAUUGUUUUUAUAUCUACUUAUUAAAAAAACAUUAUUUAAGUAUACUUAAAUUAUUAUUGAGUCUUACAAUUUGUACAGUAAUGAUAUUUUAUUUAAAACUUUACAUAUGUGCUUUUAGUAAUGGUUUUAUUAUUAUUUAUUUAAAUUUGAUAAUUUUAGACCUUAGGCCUGAACUGUGUUACAUUAAUUUAACAUUUGUAGAAAUUAUUAUUUCAUUGUUUUCUAUAAAUUGUUUUAACUAAUAAAUAGUAAAUAUUUCUAAUA